AUACACAUGACACACCUGUAUAAUUAAAAUAAUUAAAUUCGCAUUUAACAAUACAAAUCGACGUGUCCAUGCGUUUUCCUAAUACGCCCUCAUUUCUUUAUUGACGAAUUUAGUCUAUUGUCCAUCCAUUUUUUUAUGAAUAAGUAAUGUUGAAAAUACAUAUAUUGCGAAGCUCUUAAGAUUUCCAUCUAUCCAUAACAUUAACAUAGAUUGAGGUUAUGUACGAAGUUUGAAGGUUAUGAAUAUAAACAACAUAGAAUGUUUAUUGGAAACUUAACUAUGAAGUAUUUCAAAUUUUAACAAUAAAAAUCUUAAAAAACAAUUUAAAUAAUGUCGAAUAAUAAAAGUCGCAGAAUAACUGUUAAAUACAAAUCAGCCAAUCCAUUGUUUGAAAAGUGGCUCAGGGAAUGGAAACAAGAAGCAGCUGAAAAACACUCCAAACAAGAAAAUAUUUUUAAUACAGCCCUAUAUUACUUAAAAAAGUAUCCUCUUAAAUGUGAAACAGGUCAAGAAUGCAAGAUAUUAAAAGGAUUUGGUAAUAAAUUAUGCAAAAUGUUGGAUGAUAAAUUACGUGCUUAUAAUUUGGAAUUGGCAAACAGUCGAAGUGAUUCGAUUGCUUCAGAUCACUUAGAAAAGGAGCAACAAUCUGCAUGUCAGAUUCGGGAGGUUAUCACUGAACAUUCAAACAAAAAUCUUCGCAGUACAUUAUCACAUAUAAACAAAGGAAAUAAAAAAGUUUCUAAAACAUCUGAAGGAACGAUAACAAAAACUUCAUCUGCUUCUUCUGUUAUCUCUGAUUUCUCUCAAGGACUUGAUAGUUCUCCAACAAAAGAACUUCCAAAUCUUGGAAAGAAAUCUAAGAAAGUGACCAAAACUAUUUCUGGUACAUCUAAUAGUUCUGCAGAUUCCGAAGACUUUUAUAUUCUUGAACCUGGAAAUUUUGAUCUUAUUUUAUACGUUGAUACUGCAGAAACUGUAGGAAACAAUUCCAAUGAUCCAUUCUUAGUAGAAUUACAAAAAUUAUUAGGACCAAACCAAUUUGAAGUAAAGAAAUUGAACGUAGGGGAUUAUAUCUGGAUAUGUCGCUGUAGAACCACCCAAAAAGAAUUAGUACUGCCUUACAUAAUUGAGAGGAAAAGACUGGAUGAUUUUGCCAGUAGUAUUAAAGAUGGACGAUAUAAAGAACAGAAGUUUAGAUUGAAAAGAAGUGGAAUUGAGAAUAUAUAUUAUUUAAUAGAAAAUUAUCGCACUCACAGUUUGCCCAUAACUACUCUUCAACAGGCUACGUUCAAUACAGCUAUACAGGAUGGAUUUAAAAUCAAGAUGACAAACAAUUUGAAACAGACAGCAAAAUUGUUGAACCAAUUUUCUAAAAUAUUAACCUCUACUUUUCAUAGAAAAACUUUAAUCAAGUGUUCAAAGGAGAAUUUACCCAGUGUUAAUUUAAACGACGACUUGAUUUCAUUGAUAAGUUUUAAAGAAUUCAAUCAAAAUAGUUUGAAAAACAAACCUACGAAAGUAACAGAUUUGUUUAUUAAAAUGUUGAUUCAAUUACACGGGGUAUCUGUAGAUAAAGCUUUAGUCAUUGUAGAGCGAUUCCCAACACCUGCAUUGUUGAAAAAGGCAUAUGAUGAAUGUGAAGAUGAAACAUCAAAAGAAACUCUUUUAGCAGAUGUUAAAUGUGGAAAUAGGAAACUUGGUUUGGCGUUAAGUAGGACUUUAUAUCAAUUAUUCAAUUUUGAGUCAUAUUAAUAUAGUAAAUAUUUAUUUUUAACUUGAAAUUAUCAAACUAUUAGGAACUCGUUCACUAACGUAGACUGUGAAGCUGGUACUGUUCUAUUAUGGUAGUAGAAUUUAAGUUUGGUGAAUGCGCUGGAUACCUAUACGGCAGUAAUUCUUUGUAUUGUUUUUAUAAGCUGUUUACAUUAUGUUUUGACUGUUUUAUGGAAACAAUUACUUAUUCAUUUAGGUGUUUAUUGAUGUUUAUAUAUAAGUGGUGAUAGUUUAGCAUCCAAAGUCGGUACAAAAAUGAUGUUAUAGUGAUCACAUGGAGAUAGUGAAAAGAAUACCGAACGGUGAAUUUGAAUAAAUUUUAUAAGUGUUAGUGGAUAAUGAAUAGUUCAGUGUAUAGAUAAAUUCUGCUUAAAUAAAUUCAUCAUACCGUUUAAAAACUUCAAAAAUAUGAGAAAAACAUUAUAAUACAACAAUGGUAAACACCAGAACUUUCCAACUAUUUCAUGUAAACUUUUGCAAAACAGGAUUAGACUCUUUGUAAACAGUAAAAUUUUAAUAUAUUUGUAUGAGUGAAAUUACUGGAGAAAUAAAAUACCAAGGCACGGGAA